UAUGACAGCGGAAUGUUAUGACAGCACCUGUCAGUUGCCGUUGCGCGAACUGGGAGUGAGGAAAAAUAAUUUUCGGCGGAAAAGGAAAAUUGGCCAGAAUUUCCGUCUGCGUUUGGCAGCGAGUUGAUUGGCAGCGGUGGAAAUACUCCGAGCGUGAUUGAAUAACAGCCACCCGGGUUGCGAUGAGUGAAAAACCGAAAACGGCGGCGCCCGGAGAUGGAAUUCGUUCCAUGCGAUCUACGAACGUGUUUCGGGCUAUCAACUUCGAGCUUUACGCCAAACCUAACGUCGUUGUCAUGGGAAUUGGAUUGGUAUGCCUUAGCAUCACGUUCGGGUACAUAGCAUACAUGCGAUCAAAGUACGAAGGACUGGGAUACUACACGGCCGUGCAGGAAGACGGAAAGGAGGUAUUCGUGAAACGGAAGUCCAAAUGGGAAUAAAUUCCUUCCUGUAAA